AUGAUAGAAACUGAUGACUUAGAUCUAUCAUCCCCACGAGCUCGUGCAAUUAUUAUUUCAGAGCCAGCGAUAAUUAAUGUUAUUAAUAUUGAAGCUCAACCAUCUCCUGUGAUAUCCAAACAUCUUUCCAACAAUUCGCUUGAUGAACCAAUUUCUAAAACUAUUCUUCGAGAUUUACGUAAUAUUGUAAUUAAAUUACGACAUGUUCUUUAUCCUAAAGGAAACCAAGAUGUUUUACGUGAUUGGGAUUUAUGGGGUCCAUUAAUUUUUUGUUUGACAUUAUCCGCAUUAUUGAGUGCUGAUGCAAGACAUCAAGGAGUUUCAGUGUUUACAGGUGUUUUUAUCAUUGUAUGGUCUGGUGCUGCUAUGGUGACAAUAAAUGCGAAACUCUUGGGUGGCAAGGUAUCAUUUUUUCAAAGCAUAUGUGUUCUCGGUUAUUGUGUUUUUCCUUUAGUUCUAGUUGCGUUUAUAGAUCUUUUUAUUGGUAAAAGAAUUUAUGUAAGAUUACCUUUAAUAGUAAUGGCAUUUGCAUGGUCUUCUUGGGCCUCUGUUAACUUUAUUUCGGCUUCUCAUUUAGCAAAUCGCCGAGCAUUAGCAGUAAAAUGGCUUCGUUAG